AGUAUUUUGUUCGUUGACCCGCGAGCGGCUGCGCUGGCGCACGCUCGUGCUAACACCGAAUUUGUUACACGAAUUUAUGAUAUUUUGAUCUCUUUUAGUGCUGUAUAAUUUUGGUGGUUUGAUAAUUCAAUAAAAUAGUUUUGAGAAUCCUUCAGUUAUUUGGUGUGUGAUUCAUAAAUAUUUUUACAAGCGGAUACUGACGUGGAAUCUCAAGAACCGUUAUAAUCUUCAUUUAAUAACAAUAGUGUAGCCUGUCGAGGACUCAGUCAGGGUAUCAAAAUGACGCGAAAUUUGAAAAUACUACCCAUAUUAUGCUUUUUAAUUUUAUUGAAUCUAUGCAUACGAACACAAGCAGAACUAUUCACAGCUAUAGCAGAAGUAGAGCAUUUAUUAGAAACACACAAGAGGAUAAUAGAUGAUCUAGACCAUUAUAUCGAUAAAGAAGAACGAAGACUUGCGACGCUAAAGAGGCAUCUAAAUAUAUAUAAAACGGAGCAUGAGCGAGCUAUGGAAGAUAUUCCCAACUACUUGGGGAACCCCAUCAACGCGUUCACUCUGAUCAAAAGACUGACGACUGACUUAGAUCAUAUAGAAAGCAGUAUUAAAAUAGGAACAGAGUACAUAAAAAACAUAACAAUGAACCAUGAAGACGUGAAAUACCCAGCUUUAGAAGAUCUGACGGGAGCUGCGCAGGCGCUUACUAGAUUACAGAAAACCUACAAUUUGGAUGUUAAAGACCUCGCUGAAGGAAAACUGAACGGUGUUGCAUACAGUACUCCGAUGUCGGCAGGCGAUUGCUACGAGCUCGGCCGAGCUUUAUAUAACGAAAGGGACUAUAUCAACGCCCGUGCCUGGAUGAUGGAGGCUUUAAGAAAAUAUGAGGAAGAAAAUGUCCCUUAUCCGUUCACGGAGGUUGACAUACUGGAGUAUAUUAGCUUCUCGUAUUAUUUGUUGGGUGACACAAGAAGCGCUUUAGAAUGGACGAACAAAUUGCUAGCAGUCGAUCCGAAGCAUGUGCGGGCUAAGGGCAACGUGCCUCAUUACAAGAAGAGUAUUGAAGAAGAAGAGGCCAGGCUUAGGAAGGAACGGCGAGGGGAGACAGGCUCUGACGAACCCAAAGAAAAACCGGUUGAGGUGACUGAAACUGAUAGCUAUGCGAAGGAGAGAAGUGCAUAUGAAGCGCUGUGCCGCGGAGAAAUGGACAUACCUGUAGCUGUAUCUAAAAGGUUGACAUGCCGCUACCUCACCGAGAACCACCCGUUCCUGCGCCUGGCGCCUAUCAAGAUGGAGAUGAUGUACCUCAGCCCCGACGUGGUUGUGUUCCACGAUGUGCUGAGUGACGGAGAGAUCGAACAGAUCAAGAGGAUGGCACAGCCCAGGUUCAAACGCGCCGUCGUUCACGACCCAAAAACCGGCGAGCUAGUCCCCGCUCACUACCGCAUCAGCAAGUCCUCGUGGUUACGAGACUCGGAGUCGGAGACCAUCGCCAGGAUCACCCGCCGCGUGUCUCACAUGACCGGCCUCAGUAUGGACUCGGCUGAGGAACUGCAAGUUGUUAACUACGGGAUUGGCGGACAUUAUGAACCGCAUUAUGAUUUUGCUAGGAAGAGGGAGAACGCAUUCAGUAAGGGCAGUGGUAAUAGAAUAGCUACAGUCUUGUUCUAUAUGUCGGACGUGGCACAAGGCGGCGCCACAGUGUUCACGGAGCUGGGCCUGAGCGUGUUCCCGCAGCGGCGCGCGGCCGCCUUCUGGCUCAACCUGCACCCCUCCGGCGAGGGCGACCUGGCCACCAGGCACGCCGCCUGCCCCGUACUGCAGGGCUCCAAGUGGGUGUCAAACAAAUGGAUCCACCAAGGCGGGCAGGAGUUGUUGUUCCCCUGCAACUUGGAAUACCAAGAAGAAGGCUUCGUUCGAAAGAUCCUCCGCCCAGUGCCUAAGACAUCAAGGUAGAAUUACAUACCCAACUCUAUAUUAAUGAGAAAACUGCAAAACGUACUGAAUUAGUGCAAAACUAGUGACUGACCUUUAGAUAUUAUGCAAAAAAUAGUACAAUAUAAUUUGAGUAAUACAAUUUUAGCUGUCGUACCCACUGUUCUGUCAAAACUUUUUUAAGGAAUAUGUUUUAAUCACUACUUUUUAUAUAAUUUAGAAAUAUGUGUAGUAACAUAGUAUUAUUGUAUACAUAUACAUAAUAUAUGUUGUUAUAAUAUAUGUGAAUAUGUAUUCUUACUUAUCUUAUGAUUGUGACAUUUGCUUAUAUUAAAUUUAGUACAAGUUGUAAUACUAGCCGAUAGAAUUUUUAAUUAUUGUGACGUGUUUAUACUCAAAAAGCGUAAAUUGUAAUUUGAACAUAUUCAAUUCUUGCCAAUUAAAAUAGAUUUGCUUUGGAAUAUGCAAUAAAUUAAGUAAUAAUAAGUAUCAAUCUAAUCAAAUGAAAUAUCUAGAGGCUUUCAAGUUGCCGCUUGUCUAUGAACUAUUUAAUAUGUAUAAUUUAUUGCUAUAGAACAAAUGGAAUUAAGUAGAUAAAAUAGCUUAAAAAUGUUUGAUAUAUAACCUUAGAGACAUAGUCCAAACGCGUCGUAAGUACGACAUGAAAUAAUUUGCCGUAAAUUCAACUUUAUCUCCUUAUGUUGUAGUUGAUUUUACAAUACGAACUUGUGUUGAAGAAUUUUAAUUAUUCGCGGUUUUCCAAUAGACCUUUUUGAGAUACUCAUAUACUGUGCUCAGGAUUUGUAUAUCAAAUGUUUUAAAUAUAAUAUAUUUAGUUAGAACAAAUAAAUACAAAUCAUUACUAUAAGUGAAUGUUAGUUUUAAAUUGUUACAAAACCAGUCAUAUUUUAGAAAUAAGUACCAAAUGAUACAAAUGGAGUUCAAUCUCGUAAAAUGCAUUUACUUAAUCAUAACGCUUAGUACUAAACAUUUUGCCCUAACUGUACAAUAUUUAUGUUAAAAUUACGCAUAAACAACGUUUGUUUAUCAAUUUUUAUUAUACACUUUCAUUUACA